AGUGUUGAGCGUAGCCCAAAUUCUAUUUUGUAUUUAUACAUCAUCCCCCUGAAGUAGUCAACUUCGGGCCUAACUUCAAACUAGUCUUGAAAAAUGUAUAAAGCCCAUUCCUCAAACGGCCUAAAACAAGAAAAAAAAAGGCAAGUCACCUGUUUUUCUUAGAAUCAGCACUGACUCGAAACGCAAGGACAACUGGACAAGUGAUCACCAUACAAGAAAAAAGUCAGUCUCUCCCUGCCCUGGCCCCUGUUGUUUUCAAGUGUUCAUCUUGCACGUGCUUCUAACCUAACCUAAAAAUCAUCAUUUCACAGAAAAUCCAGCAGUUUUGGUGGCCCCCAUAUCUGUAACACUCAACUGCCAAGGAUCAUCAAAAAAUCACUGCCGUUCAUUCACAAACCCUCCUUCCCAUUGUACCCUUCCCUUCCUUCCUUUAUUUACCCAUUUGCCAUUUACCGCAAAAUGUCAUGCAAAAAAUUGCAACACAAAUACAAACCCCAAGAUUCACAAGCACAUUUAUUUUUAGAACUCUUCGCCAUACUGUCCUUUUCUAUCGCCUUUGUCUUUUUUUCCUGAUGUCACUCACUCAUUUCUUCACUUCUAUCAGUCUUUGGGGUUGUUCCAUUUCUCCAAGUUUAUUUAAUUUUCAGGCUAUAUAAUCGUAUAAUCUCCCCGGAAUCUGAUUUUGGUUAAUACCCAGAUGCUGUUUUCAGAACAGAUAAAGAUGAGGAAAAGGCAUUUAUAUCAUUCCAAGCAUCCUUUUGAUGCAUACCCUUUCGAGGUUCUCUUCCAAGACUCAUGGCACGCUGUGAAACUCACACGAAUCAAGAAUGGAAUCAUGACUUUGCAUCUGAUAGAUGAUCAAUAUCUGAUUGAGAAACAACCAUUCUCUGAUUUUCGUGUUAAGUCUAGGAAGGCAUCUUUGUCCGACUGCACCUGCUUUUUGAGGCCUGGUAUUGAUGUAUGCGUUCUUUCCUGCUCUCAGCAGAUAGGGAGUCUGGAUGAAGAGAAAUCAGAGCCUGUGUGGGUUGAUGCUAAAAUAAGUUCCAUCGAGAGGAAGCCCCACAACACUCAAUGCUCAUGCCAGUUUUAUGUUAACUUGUAUGUUAACCACGCUCCUCUUGGUUCUGAGAAAGGAAUUCUUAGCAAAGAGACUGAAGUAGUAGGAAUCGAUCAGAUUUCUAUCCUCCAAAGGCUUGAAAAGCAUGCAUGUGAUGGUGAGCACUAUAGAUGGAAUUUCUCUGAGGACUGCUCUGUAUUGAAACGAACUAAGAUAUUUUUGGGGAGAUUCUUAUCUGAUAUAUCAUGGUUGCUUGUUGCAUCUGUUUUGAAGCAGAUUGCAUUUGAUGUGAGAUCUGUGCAAAACAAGAUUGUCUAUCAAAUUCUGGGUGAAGAUGAGAGCAGUCCCUUAAAAUCUCAUAAUUAUCUCUAUGCUGUAAAUUUGAAUGUAGACAAUGGCAUUUCAGAAUUGAAUGUGAUGCGAUUUGAUCCCUUCGAAAAUAAUGAAGCUGUUGCUGCAUGUAGCACACAUGAGACCAGACAGUGGCCAGUUUAUGAUGCCAUGAACUUGCGACGCUCUAAACGCAGGAAUGUACAACCUGAUCGUUUCCUGGGUUGUGAUAGUCCUCUGGAGUCAGAUACUAGCUGGUUUCGAACAACAUGUAGAACUAGCAACUGGAGAGAAGAGGAAGAUGAACAAGAUCAAGAAUAUAUGAACUUGCCACUAUCAGAAUUGUUUGGCAUGAAUGCAAGUUCUUCAGAAGAGCUUACCCUGAGUGAAAGAAGAGAUUCUGUGAGCAAAAAAAGGAAUAUUUCAAGGGAGGUGAAAUCUGAUGUGAGUACUCCAAGGAAAUCAAGUGUGAGUAAUCCAAGGAGAUUAGUUGCAACUAAUCCAAGGAAACAUCAGAAUAAACUUGCUAUUGUUCCUGUGUCUUCUGAAAGCAGUCCUCUAGGAUUUGGAUACUGUCAUGUCCUGAAAACUCCAACAAAUUAUCCAGAACAGGUUGAAGAAGUAUCGUUGAAUUAUUAUAGCAUGAAACGCUACUGUAUGACUAAGCGGAAGAAAAUUCCUGCUUUAGAAUAUAUGAAUAAUGAAAGUGUGUGGAAGGGAAGAUCUUCCCCAAUGAAAGUACGGAGUAAAAGUUAUCAAUCUGCUCAAACAAGAAGGGAAGAUUAUGAUGAACCAAUAACUUACAAAAAAACAACUCUGAGUGCUGGUGCAUACAAUAAACUGAUAAAAUCAUAUAUGAAGAAUAUCGAUUCCACAUUCAUAAAAGAAGAGCCUUGCAUUAUAGACCAGUGGAAUCAGUUUAAGAAAGCAACAUCCUCAGAAAUGAAUAGGCAAACAGAAUCAGAACAACUGUCUGGGGAGGAUGAGGGAGAAAUGUCAGAAACUGAAAUGUUGUGGAGAGAAAUGGAAAUAUGUAUGGCAUCAGCUUACUUUGAGGAUGAUGAGGCUAGAGUAUCUGCUGAGUCUCUGCGGAAAUCUAAUGGAAAUUGUCAGCAUGAAUUCAAAUUGGAUGAAGAAGUCGGGGUUCUAUGUCAUAUCUGUGGCUUUGUGAGCACUGAAAUAAAACAUGUUUCUGCACCAUUUAUGGAACAUAAAAGCUGGAUAAUGGACAGUAAAUUAUGCAAUGAAGAGGAGCCAGAGCAUAAAACUGACGAAAUUGAGGGCUUGGAUCUUUUCUGCAAUUACACUUCUUCAGAUAUGCCAUUUUCUGAAGAAAAUGACAAUGUAUGGGCCCUAAUCCCUGAACUUAGAAAGAAAUUACACCUCCACCAGAAAAGGGCCUUUGAAUUCCUAUGGAAAAAUAUUGCAGGUUGUUUGAUACCUGUACGUAUGGAAUCAUCAUCUAAAAAAACAGGUGGAUGUGUAGUUUCUCAUUCACCAGGAGCUGGGAAGACAUUUCUUAUUAUUGCAUUCCUCGCUAGCUACUUGAAAUUAUUUCCAGGAAAGAAGCCUUUGAUCCUUGCUCCAAAGACAACUUUAUAUACCUGGUACAAGGAAUUCAUCAAGUGGGAAAUCCCUGUACCUGUUCAUUUAAUUCAUGGCCGUAGAAGUUAUAGAGUCUUCAAGAAGAACUCAGUAAGGUUUCAUGGUGUUCCAAAACCUAGUCAAGAUGUUAUGCAUGUUUUGGAUUGUUUAGAAAAAAUACAGAAGUGGCAUGCACAACCAAGUGUUCUUGUCAUGGGUUACACUUCAUUCCUGACAUUAAUGCGAGAAGAUUCAAAGUUUGAGCACAGAAAAUUUAUGGCUAAGGUGCUGCGUGAAAGUCCUGGGCUCUUGGUUUUGGAUGAAGGGCACAACCCCAGAAGUACUAAAUCAAGGUUGAGAAAGGUUUUGAUGAAAGUUGAAACGGAUCUGAGGAUAUUGCUUUCGGGUACAUUAUUUCAGAACAACUUCUGUGAAUAUUUUAACACCCUGUGCCUAGCAAGACCAAAAUUCAAGCAUGAAGUGUUGAAGGAAUUAGACCAUAAAUUCAAUAAGCAAAAGAGACACUUGGACAAAGCACGCAAUUUGUUAGAAAACAGAGCAAGAAAAUUCUUCCUAGACAAAAUUGCCAGGAAGAUUGAUUCUAGCAAAGGACAAGAGAGGAUGCAAGGUCUUAACAUGUUGAGAAACAUCACGAAUGGAUUUAUUGACGUGUAUGAAGGUGGGAAUUUUGACAGCCUCCCUGGUUUACAAAUUUACACCUUAAUGAUGAACUCAACAGACAUACAACAUGAGAUUUUGGUAAAACUUCACAACAUAAUGGCUGGAUAUAGUGGUUAUCCAUUAGAAUUGGAACUUUUGAUAACCCUUGCAUCAAUACAUCCUAGUUUGGUCAUGACUUCAAACUGUGUUACUAAAUUUUUCAGUCCAGAAGAGUUGCUGGAACUUGAGAAGAUCAAGUUUGAUUUUAGAAAAGGUUCCAAGGUAAUGUUUGUUUUGAACCUUGUUUAUCGAAUCAUCAAGAAGGAAAAGGUUCUCAUAUUUUGCCACAAUAUUGCCCCCAUUAAAUUGUUUCUGGAAUUGUUUGAGAGAGUCUUUCGAUGGCGGAAGGGUAGAGAAAUAUUGGUCCUUACAGGAGAAUUGGAGGUAUUUGAGAGAGGAAGAGUGAUUGACAAGUUUGAGGAACCAGGUGGUGCUUCAAUGAUACUACUUGCUUCGAUUACAGCAUGUGCUGAAGGCAUUAGUUUGACAGCUGCAUCACGGGUCAUUUUAUUGGAUUCAGAAUGGAAUCCUUCCAAGACAAAGCAGGCUAUCGCGCGGGCAUUUCGGCCUGGGCAGCAAAAGGUUGUUUAUGUGUAUCAACUCUUGGCAACAGGCACACUUGAAGAAGAUAAGUAUCGUAGGACCACAUGGAAGGAAUGGGUAUCAAGUAUGAUUUUUAGUGAAGCAUUUGUGGAGGACCCGUCUCAGUGGCAAGCAGAAAAGAUCGAAGAUGAUGUAUUGAGGGAGAUAGUGGCAGAGGACAGAGUUAAGUCAUUCCAUAUGAUAAUGAAAAAUGAAAAGGCUUCGACAGGUUGAGCAGAGACUAGCUUGCUAUAACAGUAAAAACUGAAGUCUAAGGAGGAGGAUUCAAACCUUGAACCUUAUCUCUCUUAAGGAGUGAUAACAACCGCUAGGCCAACUUGGAUCGUUUUCUCUUCAGCUUGCUUGUAAUAUUUUUCUGGCAACGGACCAUUAUCAUUGUGCUUUCUGGUGCUAACUAAUAUAACUUCUAAAAUAACAUGAUCUUCCUGCUUGUUCACAAUUCCCCCUUUUUUUCCGAGAUAUUUUUCAAACUGAUCCAUUUAAAGAUUGUAUAUGAUGCUUGCAUGAUUGUCAAGCCAU